CCCUUCCUCAUUCCCACCCUCCGUCCGCCCUCCGGGCGGCGCGCAGGUCGGGCGGGCGGGGGCUCGGCGGAGCAACAGGGCUGUGCCCGGGAGCGCCCCUGCGGCUCGGCUGCGGUUGGCAGCUACAGCUUUAAAUACCAGCGGUAGCCUCCGUGAAGUAGCGAGCUGCUUUCUCCUCUUGGUGGGGCUUUGAAUUUGGGGUUCUUUUGCUUUUGUUGCUGGUGGGUUUUGUUGUUUGGGGUUUUUUGUCAGCAUUACCAAAACCCGGCACAAGUGGAUGCUGCGGGCGGUGCUGGCUGAGCCGCUGCCGUCUGGACGUAUUUGGGGGAGAAACUGCACGAAGCGACACCAGUCCUCCCAUCAGUGGAAGCAGGCUUGGUACACGGAUUACUGAACACUGAUUUACAAACCUACCGCAAAACCUGGGCUUGGAAAGACCAGUGAUCGCGCUCAUCCAUUCAUUCUGUCUCACAGACACACACACAAACACACCGCCUUCGUUUUUUUUUUCCUUUUGGAACAAGGCUCUUGCUUGUUGCCUUGUUGCAAAUGCCUGGGCGAGCAGCAGUGCCUGUGGCUGCGCAGAGUGCCCCCAGCUUAAGCUGCCUCACUGGCUCACUCCUGGCGCUCUUGUUACACCCAGAACGAAGGGAGAGAAAGAACUCAUCAACCUGUGGUGCUGACUGACCAUACACACCUGCAAAUGUAGAUCAGUUGGCAUAGCCCCCUCCUCAGGACUGCUGUCACCAGAUCCUUACACUAGCAAGAACAGCAGUGCUAUUUCUCUGCAUAGGAACAGUUAAGUGCUUCUUCUGCAUGACCAUAACCAAAGGGUGACCCAUCCACUCCCUUAUGUCCUAUGGGGACCUCAGAGCCAGUUUCUCAGUCUUCAUCUCCUCCUCUUCCUCCUCCUCUUACCACUGCUGCUGAUGCCCUGGGUGCUGCUCCCAGGUUUGAGACAUUGUUGACAGGCUGAAGAAAGGAAUUGCAAAGACCUCCUCACUGUGUAAAUAAAGUGAUGGCUGGAAUUAACUUCACCUCCCCAAGUAAUGAUACUAAAUAAUAAGAUUGCUAGGCCAAAGCAUUAACAGGAACAAAUUAUGAGGAAAGAGACUAUUUGCAUUUGGUUGCAAUGAAUGAACUGAGACCAUCUGUGGAGAGCAGGUACCCUUUGAUUUGCAUAAUUUUUUCCUCAUGAAUGCAGUCUUUGUAGCCUGCAAGGUAGUCAUGAUUCUGAUCAAAUAUGUGGUUGCCACAGGAGAUAAAGGAAAAUAAAGGGUCUUGGUGGAUGAAAAAACAAGGGCAUCAGCUGUUUCCUGGUUCAAUUUCGAGAGUUUCAUCUAUUCUUAUGAGCAAAACAGUAGUUUGUGUCAAACAUUCCGGGCAUUAACAAAAUGUAGAUCUGUGGUUUUCCAAAGCAUAGAUUCAGUGUUACAACUGUAUUGCCCUGCUCUGUGUCCGGGGGACUGUCCUCCAAAUGCAAAUGGCUUUGAACUUUCUAGUGAAAGUUACGGCUACACUGUAAAUAAACAAAACCCUUUUUGCAUUAAGCUGAUUGAAAACAAACAAAACCAUUUGCAAAGCCAUUUGCAAAACCAUUUGCAAAAUGGAGGUUGCAAUGGUGAGUGCAGACAGCUCUGGGUGCAACAGCCACAUGCCCUAUGGAUACGCGGUCCAAGCUCGGGCCCGUGAGAGAGAGCGGUUGGCACAGUCAAGAGCCGCAGCGGCUGCAGCUGUAGCAGCAGCAACAGCAGCAGUAGAAGGUGGGGCAACAGGCGGAGGUGGACCAUAUCACCACUACCAUCAGGAACAGAGUCGAGGUGCAUCCUCCUCUCAUGGUGGGAAUGCAUCACGCAGCAGCAUGCCCCACCGCCAGAGUGGUAAGAGGCGGAAGAAAGGGAAAAAGAGGAGCCACCACUUAGGAAGUAGGGAGUGUGGGGCCUCCUUCCCCUGUUCUGAGCUGCUGCCUCUCAGUGGUUCUGAAGAGAGAAUACUGAAGGACUUGAGUGAGGAGGAAGAGGAGGAUGAAGAUGAGGAUGAAGAGGAUGAGGAAGAAGGAAAGCUCUACUACAGUGAUGACUAUGGGGAGGACGAGUUUUCAUACUCAGACCAGCCACCUGAUGAUGGUGGAGGCCCUGGGGGUUACAGCUCGGUUCGCUACAGUGAGUACGAGUGUUGUGAGCGUGUGGUAAUCAACGUGUCAGGACUGCGGUUUGAGACCCAACUGAAGACCUUAGCUCAGUUCCCAGAGACACUGUUGGGUGAUCCAGCGAAGCGAGGGAGAUACUUUGACCCUCUCAGGAAUGAAUACUUCUUUGAUAGGAACCGGCCCAGCUUUGAUGCCAUCCUGUACUACUACCAGAGUGGCGGCCGGCUGAAGAGGCCAGUUAAUGUACCCUUUGACAUCUUCACUGAGGAGGUGAAAUUCUACCAACUUGGGGAGGAGGCCAUGCUCAAGUUUAGGGAGGACGAAGGGUUUGUCAAAGAGGAAGAAGUCAAAGCUUUGCCGGAGAAUGAGUUUAAGAGGCAGGUUUGGCUGCUGUUUGAGUACCCAGAGAGCUCCAGUCCAGCCAGAGGCAUUGCCAUUGUCUCUGUCUUGGUCAUCUUGAUCUCCAUCGUCAUCUUUUGUCUGGAGACUUUGCCAGAGUUCAGAGAUGACAAAGAAUUCAUAAUGUCACUGAGCAUAGGGAAGGGACAUUCUAAUGAGUCGCUUCACCUGAAUGCUGGGGAACACACCAUCUUCAAUGACCCUUUUUUCAUUGUAGAGACAGUAUGCAUCAUUUGGUUCUCCUUUGAGUUUACAGUGCGCUGCUUUGCAUGUCCAAGCAAAGCACACUUCUUCAAGAACAUAAUGAACAUCAUAGACAUUGUCUCCAUCUUGCCUUACUUCAUUACUCUGGGCACUGACUUGGCACAGGAACAGGGCAGUAAUGGUCAACAGACCAUGUCUUUUGCCAUCCUGAGAAUCAUCCGUCUGGUCAGGGUGUUUCGCAUCUUCAAGCUCUCCAGGCACUCCAAGGGUUUGCAGAUCCUGGGUCAUACACUCAGGGCCAGCAUGAGGGAACUUGGCCUCCUCAUCUUUUUCCUUUUUAUUGGAGUCAUUUUGUUUUCCAGCGCUGUUUACUUCGCAGAAGCUGAUGAGCCUGCCACCCAUUUUCAAAGCAUCCCAGAUGCCUUUUGGUGGGCUGUAGUGACCAUGACUACAGUUGGUUAUGGGGACAUGAAACCCAUAACUGUGGGUGGGAAAAUAGUUGGGUCCCUGUGUGCCAUUGCAGGAGUGUUAACCAUUGCUUUACCAGUGCCAGUGAUUGUCUCCAAUUUUAACUAUUUCUACCACAGAGAGACUGAGAAUGAAGAACAAACGCAGCUGAUGCAGAAUGCAGUCAGUUGCCCUUACCUCCCAACAAAUUUACUGAAGAAAUUUAGAAGCUCAUCAUCUUCAUCCACAGAGGAUAAAUCAGAAUAUUUGGAGAUGGAAGAAGGUGUUAAAGAAUCUCUUUGUGUAAAGGAGAAAAAAAGUCAGGACAUAGGGAAUAGCAGUGAGUCAGAGAAGAAAAACUGUGUAAAUUCAAAUUCUGUGGAAACUGAUGUGUAAUUUUGAACGUUUCCAAAUAUAUUUAUGCAUUAAAGAGUGCAGUGAAAAUAA